AUGUCUAAUCUCUCUAAACUUGAAUUUCUUGCUCUAGACAUAUCGGGAAAAAGCUAUCUAUCAUGGGUACUCGAUGCAGAAAUUCAUCUUAUUGCGAUGGGUCUAGCAAACACCAUCCAAGAAAAUAAUCAAGCAUCGAAUCAAAACCGUGCUAAGGCGAUGAUAUUUCUCCGUCAUCACCUUGAUGAAGGUUUGAAAAUGGAAUAUCUCACUGUUAAGGAUCCUCUGGUGUUGUGGAACAAUUUAAAAGAUAGAUAUGACCACUUGAAGUUGGUCGUCUUUCCACAGGCACGUUAUGACUGGAUCUACUUGAGACUUCAAGAUUUUAAAUCUAUCAGUGAGUAUAACUCUUCCAUGUUUAAAAUUAUCUCACAAUUAAAAUCAUGUGGAGAAAAUAUCACUGACCAUGAUAUGCUGGAGAAAACGUUUUCCACUUUUCCUGCCUCGAGUAUGCUUCUGCAGCAGCAAUAUCGAGAAAUGGGAUUUAAAAAAUAUUUCGAAUUAAUUUCACAUCUCCUUGUUGCUGAACAACAUAAUGACUUACUGAUGAAAAACCAUGAAAGUCGACCUACUGGUUCUAUGCCAUUUCCUGAAGUAAAUACUGCAAUUUUUCACCAAUCUAGGCGUGAAAGAGGUCGUGGCCGUGGUCGUGGUCGAGGAUGA